AGCCUCAUUUUUCAUUUUCUGCUUUUGUACCUUUUGGCUUAACUAACUAGAGCACGAUGACCAUCAGACGCAUAGAUCAAGGGCAGCGUUACAGGCCAAGAAUGGCAUUCCUGAAAAAGCUGGAAGUUCUUUUGGUGGAGAUGCAGGAUCCAAAUUCUGGCAUCAAAAUGCACGCUCAGAAAGUCAUGGUCACUGACAUCCCUCAUGCUAUGACUGGUUCUGAUAUAUUACAGUGGAUUAUGCAGCGCUUACAGAUAACCAAUGAAGAGGCACUCAGCUUGGGAAAUAUGAUUGUUGGAUAUGGAUACAUCUAUCCUCUUCAGGAACCAAAGAAUCUCACUCUCAGGCCAGAUAGCAGCCUCUACAGAUUUCAGACACCAUACUUCUGGCCAACUCAGCAGUGGACAGCAGAAGAUACAGACUAUGCCAUUUACCUAGCCAAGAAAAAUAUUAAACGAAAAGGAAUUCUUGAAGAAUAUGAAAAGGAACAUUACAACAUGCUGAACAAAAAGAUCAACCACAAAUGGGACUUUAUUAUUAUGCAGGCCAAGGAGCAGUAUAGGACAGGAAAAGAACGAAAGAAGGAAGAUCGGUAUGCUCUGGAUUGUCAAGAGAAAGCCUACUGGCUGGUACACCGAACCCCUCCAGGAAUGCAAAACACUCUUGACUAUGGCUUAGACCGAGUAACUGAUCCCAAUGAAAAUAAGGUAACCUAGAAAAAGACAAUGGAUGUUUACAGGAGAGAGAUCAUGUACUACCAGCAAGCCAUCAUGAAGACUACAGUAAAGUCAUCUGUCUCCUUGGGAGCAAUAGUGAAGUACAGUGAACAAUUCCGCUCCAAUGACCCCAUAAUUUCAGGAUGCCUCCCCGGUAACCCCUGGCUUACGGAUGAUCUUGAUUUUUGGGAGCUCAAUGCAAAGCUGGUGGAUAUCCCCACCAAAACACGUGUGGAGAGAUGGGCUUUCAAUUUUAGUGAACUGAUGAGGGAUCCGAAAGGCCGGCAGAGCUUUCAGCUGUUCCUGAAGAAAGAAUUUAGUGGGGAAAAUCUGGGGUUUUGGGAAGCAUGUGAAGAUCUGAAAUAUGGAGAUCAAUCCAAAGUGAAAGAAAAGGCAGAAGAAAUUUACAAAACUUUCCUGGCACCAGGAGCAAGGCGCUGGAUCAAUAUUGAUGGCACUACUAUGGGCAUUACAGUCAGAGGCCUCAAACACCCUCAUCGCUAUGUCUUAGAUGCUGCACAGACUCAUAUAUACAUGCUUAUGAAAAAGGAUUCUUAUGGUCGCUAUUUAAAGUCUCCUAUAUACAAGGAAAUAUUGUCCAAGGCAAUUGUACCACAGGAAGCAGUGAAAAAAAGCUCCAAUAAUCCGUUCGCUCGCAAACAGCUCCGUUCCAGCCCGAGCCCUGUCAUCUUGAGGCAACUGGAGGAAGAAGCCAAGGCUAAAGAAGCAGCCACCAAUGUGGACAUCACCCAGGUUAUGAGCAAGCUGGAUCGUAGAAGUCAGCUCAAACAGGAGGCUCCACCUGCUAAGUAGGGCCCAGAUGCUGUAGAACACCUUGCAGGGGGAAAACCAAACUGAAUUAGGAGGAUGCUGGCUGAAUGUAGGGCUGCAUUUCCUCUCCCCUGCCUGCAGGUGGCAGUGGUGCUUCAUUGUCAAUGACCCAUUUUUCUCCCCCUCCCCUCCACCACAUGCCGUUGCCAUGGCAUCCAGAGCACUGUCACUUCAUAAGCCAUUGCGAGAAUCACAGAACAUAGAUGGCAAAAGAGUUGCCUUGUGAGCAUUGCAGUGACUUCUCCCAUAUCAAAUGGGCUCAUUUUACAAGUCAAGGAAACAAUAUUUUCUAUAAACUGCCUGAAACAUCCUUCCCAGAUCUAAACAUUCAAAAGUCUAGAUACCAUGGCAACUAGCUACCAUGGCUGCUGCUUCUUUCACUGCCUGCAAGUAAUGGAGGCAAAGGACUGAAAAUACGUGCUGUGAAGAAUUUGGCUGAACUGAAUCCAGUUUCCAGCCGUAUGGUAUUUGUUCUUUACCUGGAGAUUCUUGUGGAGGUGUAGGAGAACAGAUCAGGGACUGUGAUAGUAUA